GAUGUUUGUCUCAGGGCUGGGAUUUCCCUCAGGGAUUUGGAUUUUUGUUUUCCAGGCUGAAACCGGGAAAAGGGAAGUGAAGAGAGAAGAUGGGAGCAAAGGAAGCUCUGGCUUGAAAAAAAUUCCAGAGGGAUCAGGAACAGUGCAAAAACCAGCUGGAAAUCCAUCGGGAGAGGCCAGGAAAGGUCAAAUUCCCACCCCAAAUGUCCCAGAGGAGAUUCCAGCAGGACAACUGGAGAUUCCUGAGUCGCAGGCAGGAGGAGCAGCGAGGGAAUCGCCCGCAGGGAUGGACGUGGAGGGAUUGGAUCCUGGAAUUGGAAUUCCUGUGGAUCCUGCAGGGAGCAAAUCACCCGGAGCGAGGUCGGAGGAGAAACCGGCGCCGCUUUCCGGAGCGGGGACGGACAAAGCUCGGGAUGAGCCAGAGCUGGAAAUCCAAAAGGAGGAUGAGGAACCCUCUGCUCCUGCCGUGGAACCUCUGGAAUCAUCCAGCAAGGUUAUCCCAGCGGCCGGAGGAACACCAGGAGCCAUCCCUGGAAUGUCCCCGAGCUCGGAGGAGGCUCCCGUGGUGUCACCCGGUGUCACCCAGCCCAGCAUGGAGCCGGCUGCUCUGGAGAAAAUGCCCGUUCCCGAGGCUGGGAAAAGCAGCCAUGAAACAUCCACGGAGAGGAAAGCUGUCCCAAAAACUGUGGAUGCUCCAGGGAAAAAAUUGGAUGUGGCUGGAGCAGAGAGAGAGGCGACAGCGGAGGAAUCCGUGCUCAAAAUCGGGGAAAAUACGGGGAAAAUAUGGGGCAAGGCUGAGACAGAGACGGAGAAAACACCUGGAAAAAUACCAUCCAAGGGUGGGGAAAACUCUGGGAAUGCUGUUGGUGAGAUGCAUGGGGGAAGUUCGGUUAAAAUCCCACAAAAUAAAGGGAUGGGAGCUGCAAAAUCCGACGAAAGCCGUGCGGCGGCUCCGGUAAAUUCCGCUGCAUCCCUGAAGGAAUCUUGCAUUGGAAAAACUUUUUUGAAGGCAGUGGUGUCCGUCCCGGACAUCCUGAAGCAGAGAAUUCCUGUCAGGAUCACCGAGCCUUCCCUGGGAAGAACUGGGGAGCAGAAAAUCCCCCCCAGAGUGGGGCUGGAGAAGAAAAUCCCACCCAAAACCGUGGCUCAGCCGGGAGCUGGGAACAGCCAAUGGAAAGGGAAUGGAAAUUCCGGAGUGGAAGCACAGGGAGAUGGCGGGAAGGGCUCAUCCCAGCAGGAAAAGGAUUCCCAGCUGGAAUCUCGGGCGAGUUCAAAGCAGAGCCAGCAGGGAGAGAGCGGAACAGCUGGCAUGAAGGAAGAUCCCAGUGGGAAUCAGGCUCCUGGUGGGGGCGGUGCCGCAGCUUGGAAAAGCGGCACCAGCAGCGCUGGAAAACAGAAGGAGGAGGAAGAGCUCUUCCCGUUUAACCUGGACGAGUUCGUCACGGUGGACGAGGUGCUGGAGGAAGCCGAGUCUCCGGUGAUGCCGCGGCGGAACCCCCCGAGGGGGAAGAGAAAAGAAGCCCCCAAAGCCAACCCUUCGGAGCCAGCGUCCAAGAAGAGGAAAGGGAAGAGUUGCGGAGCCGAAGGUGAGCUGUCCUUUGUCACCUUGGAUGAGAUCGGGGAGGAGGAGGACGCCCCGGUGCCGCUGCCGGGCGUCGACCCCCAGGGCCUGGUGGUGGUGGAUGAGGUGGUGGAAGAGGAGGAGCUGUCGGAAGCGGUGAAGGAUCCGCAGGCGCUGCUGACGCUGGAUGAGAUCUCGGAGCAGGAGGAGCCAGGCUCCCAUGGGAAUGGGCCCCGGGUGGAAUUCGAGGAGCGGGAUCUGAAGGCCGAGCCCUUGGUGACCGUGGAUGAGAUCGGGGAGGUGGAGGAGCUGCCCCUCAACGAGCCCACGGAGCUGCGCACCGCCGAGGAGGGAAAAACCAAUCCCGGGGAUUGCGCGGCAUCCCAGGUGCCCGACGAUCCCAACGCCUUGGUGACUGUGGAUGAGAUCCAGGAGGACAACGAGGACAAUCCUCUGGUGACUCUGGAUGAGGUUAAUGAGGAUGAGGAUGAUUUCCUGGCUGACUUCAAUCACCUCAAAGAGGAACUAAACUUUGUUACAGUCGACGAAGUCGGCGAUGAGGAAGAAGAAAACACUUUCCCAGGGAAGAACCCGCCCGAGGAUGAAGAUGACGAAGAUAUUGUUGCUGUUGCGGGACCAGAAGAAAUGGGAAUUUUAGGAGAUACAAAUCCAGAGGAUGAAAUGGCUGAAAUCUCCAAGCCAAAAGCAGCUCAGCUGGGAUCAGAAGAUGCAGAACCAAAGUCUCAGCAGAAGAAAGCGACUUUGCAAGGCGUCCCCAAGACGCAGAGCACUCCCAAAGCUCUGGACAUCCUGGUGCCAAAGGCCGGAUUCUUCUGCCAGAUCUGCUCCCUCUUCUACGCCGACGAACCCUCCAUGAUCAACCACUGCAGGACCCCCCUGCACCGGCAGAACAUGGAGAAAUUCAUGGCCAAGCAGCAGGACAGCGGCGGGGAGGAGCCGAGCUCCAGGUGAUGGAGCUUCCCAGGAAUGACACUUCGGGGCCAGUCAGUUCUGUGUGUUUGGAUUUCCUUUGUCAUUUGGGGUCGGGAAGGAGCAUCCAUGGUGUAAAAAAUCGGAGCUGGGAACAGACUAAACCCAAAGCAGGAGAGGGUUGGAUUUGUGUCUCCGAUCAUCCGACGUGGGAGAGACUGUUCCAGGUGUCUCCAGGAAAUAAAUGUUCUUACUGUAUAGUUA